AUGGCGCAACCUACGCAGGUUUACCCCCCUUGGUUGGCACCAUCUGCGGUGGUUAUCACGGACGCGGCUGGAGCCCCCGUCACCACCUCCACGACCAUACUGUAUCUGCCACCGACCUACUUUGGUCCCAGUAUACCACUUGGUUCGUUAUACAUCUACGGUGGCUCGUCGGAGCCUGCCACCGUCGUCCUCCCUUCACCCACACCGCAAACGGUGACGCCCACACUUGGUGCGACCACCACGACAGCAAUUACGACUACCGCGACACCCACGACUUCUGUAUCUAUCCCCACGACCUCUGCGACACCCACCACGACUUCCUCAAUUCCGACCACCCUCACCUCCUCAAUUUCCGUUUCAUCUACGACCUCAUCUGUAUCACUAACAUCACUAACGACGACCACCUCACUUUCACCUACAAUUUCACCCACUUCUUCCGCAACCCCUUCUCCUACCAAUGGCCCAACGGGAUCGACUGGUCUUUCCAGAGGUCAGCUUGUUGGUGUCAUCGUAGCCAGCAUCCUCGGAGUCAUCUUCCUCUUCGUCCUUGCACUCUUCUUCUUCCUCUGGUACAAAGGACGACGCAACAGGCGCCAAUUCACCAGCGUCUCGCCCCUCGACGAUGACGACUACUACAUCGUGCCUCCAGGCGGCCGCACCCCAGGAGAGGGGUCUCCUCGUCACAGUGGAGAAGAAGCCGAUCCUUUCCUUCAGCAGCGCGGUGCAGCCACUGCGGGAGAGACCUCCGCGGCUGGUGCUGCGGCUGGCAUGGCUCAAGUUGGUGGCCAAGGUGCUUCUCGACCAGGAGCAUCCUCUCGCGUUCCGCCACCCGUUGUGAACACUGGCUCGUCUGGCUCGACCGACUCAAAUGCUUCCGGUUUCGGAGAGCUGUUGGAUCGCCCAAGCCUCGGCCUCCUUCCCAGCCAGCCAGGACCAGAUACUCGUCUGUCUGGCGUGAGCCAAGUCUCCAGUGGCACGAUGGAUCCUAUGAACCAGGGUCAUGUCGUCACGGACGGUCAGGAGCAGUACCGAGACGGAGAGUACACCGGCGCCUACGCAUAUUCUCAAGAACCCAUGGUACCUCCUCGCCUCGUCGAGCCCGACUCGACCUCAGCUGCUCUCCUACCGGCAUUGCAACCCCCAAGACCACCUUACCUCUCCCACCAAUCGUCGUUCCAGGAUCGCGAAGAAGCCCGAGUGCUCACAGCCCAACGUGUCAGAGCAGAAGACCUCGCUCCACGCUCGCCACCUCAAAUCGAAGCUGGACCAAGCCACAGAGCGAGCAGCGGCAGCGGCCUCCUCGAAUCGCUCGGCCUCGGUGCACUCGCGAACAUCGGACGCAGGAGCUGGUUCAAGCAGUUCGACUCGCCGCGGAACUCAGGGGCAUAUGCCUACUCGCCUACCUAUGACGCAGAGCCCCUCAGCGAGAAGGACAUCGAGACAGGCCGUUCGGCCCUCCUCAGCCCUGACAGACCUGUUGGUGCCCCCGAUAGUUUUGGAAUGAGGCGGGCUGCCCCGACAGGGUUCUUCGCGGAUGGGACAAGGCCGAUCUCUAGCACAAGCGGACGCAGCGGCGGUAGUGCCGGAACAACAUACCAUGAUGCUCCAUCAUCCCUACCUGGAACGCCAACCAUCGCUCCUCUACCACGAGCAGUGACGCCGUCCGAACCUGCCCAACCCCCAGUGCAAAUCUCCGAACCCACAUGGUUCUCAAGCCCUCUCGCCGGCCCACCAGCAUACGAAGACCCAUUCACCACGUCCUCGCCAUCGCCAUCACACGGCCGUAGUAGUCCGCCAGUUUUCACCAUCGGCUCGCCAGAGGUCGACGUCCUAGACAUGCCCGCUCCGACGGCCCUGAACCACUUCACGUCGAUAGCCUCUCUGAAGGAGAUGACGACAGGCAGCAGCAGCGGCUCGGGCGUCGGCACGAGCACGAAGGGCACACCGUUCCCCCCGCCCGGCUUGGAGACGAUCCGCCCCGUGGCCUCGACGGGCUGGGGCACGACCUCUAGUAUGACGGACGUUACUGCAUCUCCACCGUCGUUUGCGGUGUCUGGGAUGGGUGCGGAGGGCCAGCACCACCAGCAAGGGCAAGGACAAGUGUUGACGCAGCAUGCAGCGGGCAUUACAAUCGAUGUGUUGGAGGAUGCUCCUCCGGGUGCUGAGCAGGGAUGGCGCUCGAUGUCCAUGGCGCGUGCGGGUGGUGGGUUGGCAAGCGAUGCUGGCAGGAGAGGGACGUUUGGUUUGUAUGUAAACGUCGGCCCCGCCUUCAUGUCCGAACAAGGCUCUUUGCACUCCAUGCGUUCGCACUUCAGCCCCUCCUCUCGCUCAACCGGGUCCGCACCAGCUUCACGACACGGCGCCGGCUCUCUCAACUCGACCUCCUCACGGCCCUCAGCCCACUCCGCCGCCUCCAGUUCCCACUCAGCGGCAGCACACUCGCUCGGGCGACAAGGCAGCAUCAACUCAGACAACAGGAAGCGCAACGGCCACGGGCCCAUGAUCUCUCCUGCCCUGUCCGCCUUUGGCAUCGACAUGCACGGCUCAAGCGCAGGUCAAAGGCGAGCAGCCUCUGGAAGCAGUGGCAGCGGUGGUGUCAGUGGAAGCCAUUCGCAGUCUGGAUCGGGAAGCAACGGUAGCCACAGUCAUGGGCACGAGCCACCCCUCUCGCCCAUCAUUGGCUCUCCACCACUUGCACAUACCACUACCGGCCUCCGCGGUAUGGCCUCUGGGUCGACGAUGGGCACCGACGCCGCCGCCGCUGCAGACACCUCGUUCGGUAGCUCAACGCUCAGGGCUGGGCCACACAGUAGGAAUCCCUCGCCUGGCCCGAGCCCGCUAAGUGCUACGUUCCCGCUGAGCGCACCGUGGGUUGGAGGGCUUGACGAUGCAUGGCAGCCUGCUGCAUAG